UACCUGCACUGCCAUUCGCGGUUGCAGCUGUCAAUCACCGGGUCCUGGGCAGUGAUUAUCCGAUGGCGCCCAGUGAUUACCAAGCAUCUCCAAUGGGGAAGAGGACUGUUUUGUUUACUAACACUUCUCCUCCCUGUCAGCUUGGGCACACUGCUCUGGAUGGUUAGCAGUGUGCUUACAGUGAAGCACCAAUACAUCGCCCCCUAGUAAAACACUCCCUGCACACAGUUAACCUUUGAUCGCCCCUCAUGUUAACCCCUUCCUGCCCAUUACCAUUAGCACAGUGUCAGUGCUUUUUUUUUAGCACUGAUCACUGUAUUGGUGUCACUGGGGAUGUCAGUGACACCAAGUCAGUUCCCCCCAGUGUCAGAAUGUCCAUCGCAGUCCCCCAGUCCCGCUAUAAGUUGCUG